AUGGACGUGGACGACAUCGUCGAAGAGAUCCUCUGCCGCUUGCCGCCGGACGACCCCGCGAGCCUCGCCCGCGCCGCGCUCGUCUGCAAGCGCUGGUACCGCCUCGUCACCGAUCCCCACUGCCGCCGCAGAUUCCGCAGGUUCCACCGAUCUGCCCCCAUGCUCGGCGUCUUCUCUGACGGCGCCAUUAUCAAUGGCCGCUUCUUCGUCUCCACCACCUCCUUCCGCCCGCCCAGCCGUAGAGACUUCGUUCGGGACGCUCGCCACGGCCGCGUCCUCCUCCAAGAGUCGUGGCCUCGUCGCACUGGCUUCGUCGGCCUCGUCGUGUGGGAUCCCAUCACAAACAAGCAGCGGCAACUGCCCGAUCUGCCUCGCCAGUGGCUUCAACAUGACACGUUGAACUGGAACACCGCGGUGCUCUGCGCCGCCACUGCGGACCGCACCUGCGACCAUCUGGAAUGCCACCACGGACACUUCCUCGUCGUCUUUGUGGCCAGCACCUUCGAGCUGGUACAGACCUGCGUGUACUCAUCGAAGUCCGGUGCUUGGAGCAAUCACAGCUCUGCUCUACUCGGCGGAUGUCGUGGUGUCACUUUGGGGCCGUGUGCUCUUGUGGGAAGUGCCCUCUACUUCGACACGCCAGAUAAAAGUAUCCUCAAGUAUGAUCUGGGAACGAACAAAAUGUCCCUGAUUGGGGUACCAUCGGAAUGCUGGCAUAGUCGCAAAGUCCCCACUGCUAUGGAGGACGGCGGCCUGGGAUUCGCUUGUGUGAAAUGUAAUCCUCUACAUUUGGUCGAGGGUGGUUGCUCCUGA